AUGUCUCGCUCACAGUAUCCUCCUAUUGUUCUUAACACUUCUUCCACUGCUCGUUUGCAUCCUUCUAGACAAACAGCAUCUAUUGGUGGCAACAAUAUUAAUGCUGAUAAUAGAAUAAAUCAGCUUGAAGAGCAGAUCGGUUCUCAAAGCCAAAGAAUCUCUCAGUUGGAAGAAGAGAUUACAAACUUAAAAAAUCAAAAUCU